AUGUCAGAUGUUGAACCUCUCACAUUACCUUCCAGCGAAGGACUAUCAAGUCAACAAGAUCAAGCAGACCUUCAACCAGUCUGCUCUGGUAGACGUCGGACCUGUGCUUUGCUCAACAGUCCCUCACCAUGUGUCAACAGUGCUAUCGGCCAUAUCCAAAAAAUGAGGAGUCUAACAGAAAACUGGUUUCACAAGCACAGGAAAUAUCAACCAGAGAUUUAUCCAAGUAAACCCAUUUACAGUAAACCUCUAAGAGCUCAGUUGAGAGACUCACAUUCUGACUCCUCAGAAUUGUAUGUUGAAGGCAUAGCGAUUAGUGCAAGAGAAAGGGAUCAAAGAUGCCCUCUCCAGAAGAAAAUAAAUGAUGUCCUGUCUGAAGUUGUGCAUCUUGUGGAGCGUUUGGAAGCUGAUCGACAGUAUGCAGAGGAAGCCCUGCAGAAAGAGAAGAGAAUAGGAAAAACCUUAGAGAGCCAAGUGGACAGUAUUUCACAGUGGAAGCUAAUCGAGCACCCCUUGGUUGUUCAGAAAGAGCACGAGGCUUGCAGCCGAGACAUCACAGAGCUGAAGUGGCAGCUUGAACUGGAAAAACAGAAAGUUGAACAAGUCCAGGAGAAACUGUUGCAGGCUGAGGUUCUGAACCGGAAAAUAGAGGAAGAGAUCCAGUUUGUCCAAAACCAAAUUCUUAUUGUGAAUGAAAACCUGGACUGCCAGAAAGACAUUUUACAUCAGAUUGAUACCGCCAAAGCUAAGGCUGAUGAGGUUUACUCAGAAACAAGCAGCCAUCUCUCUCAGGCUCAGAUGGAGUUAAGGGAGAUGAAAACUGAAGCCAAGAAGGAAAUUACAUUAUUAGACCAUAGAAAGAUGGAAAUGGAAAGUCAGCUAGCAGAAAAAAUGGAGAAUUUAAAACAGUUGAAGAUGGUUGAGAAAAGUCUACUUGCAGAGAUGAAGGAAACAGAGGAAACUAUCACUGUUACCGAAAACCAGUGCAAACAAGUAGUUCAGCAAAUCCCUAAAAUUGUUGAGUUUGAAAAACUUGAAGAAGAGAAGAUUUUGCAACUCAGUCUCAAAAUUGAGAAUGAAAUCCAAAAAAAUCAAAAGCUUAAAGAAAAACUAACUUCAAAGCAAGACGAGAUAAACAGAAAGAAACCCAUGUGGGAAGCAGAAGUUUCCAUCACAGAGGAACAGCUUCAGUCAAAACACAAAGCCUUUACGGAUCUAUGUAAAGAAAAGCAGGAAUAUGAACAGAAGGUGGAAGACUACAAGAUGAGAAUCUGUAAUAGCGAGAAAGCAGUGAAGCAGAUGCAUGAGGAGAGGAAGCAGAUGCUCCAGAAAAUCACUGAGAAUGACGAACAGUGGGAAAAGGCCAAGAAGGAGGUGACCCAGGUUGUCGCCCAGCAUAGUGUCAUAAAGGCUAAGCUGGAAGAGCAGGAGCAGUUCACCUUCAUGGAAGAACAGAAGGCUAGGGAAAUGAUUGACAAUAUGAAUAAGGACCUGACAACCAACUUGGCUACUCUAGAAGAACUAAAGGCUCUUAGGACAAAUGUGAAUAAUGAACUAAAGAAACAACAAGGAAGUUCAGAGCUAACUAACCAACAGCUGCAGAAAGAAUUUGAUGAAUCAUCCUCUGCAACACAAACUCUGGAGACUAAAAUUAAGGGAAUGAAGGAACUUGCUGAAAAUUUUGAAAAGCUGCAGUGUGAACACAAGAAGACAUUAGUUAACCUACAGAAGGACAAUGAGUUAAAACGGGACCAGCUUAAAGCUGCUGAAGAUUUGCUCAGUGUCACCUUACAGAAAAUUGACAAUACUCUUGCACGGACAACUCUCCUUGGAAAUGAAAGUGAAAAAUACCAGGAGGCAUCUAAGGAAAUCAAAAGUAUUGUUAAAACGCUUCCAGAAGUCAUAGCAGAGCUUGAAAAAGAUUUCGAAAUGAUGAAGUUCAAAAACAAAUCCGCUUCUCUCUUCAUGAGCACCUUGCAGUCUGAUAUUAAUAACAGGAAGCAAGAAACACAACAAUUCAUGACGACACGCUCGACUCAUCUUAAAGCAAGAAAAGAGCUAAUGGAAGACACUAAGGAAACCCUGAAUGCUGCACUUGAAGAAAACAAACAACUAGCAAGCAGCUAUGAAGAUCUCAAGAAGAGGCUCUUAGCAGCCAAACAGGGUUCAGUAUCUGCACUGGGUGUGAAAAACACUGCACAUGAAACGCUCAGCUAUUACAAAAAGCUCUCUUUGUUGCAGAAGAGGAUGCACAAGGUUUUGGUAAAAUACUUAGAACAACGCAGCCUCGACAGCCAGGCUGAACUGGACCGAUGCCAGGCUCUCUCCCAACAAACCACCCAGAAAAUAAAAACUGCCCAGGAAAAGUUGUCAGAAAGAAUUUCCCUCCUCUCAGCUUUACUAGAGUCCAUAUGAGAUGACUUAACGGCCAGUGUAACACUGGAAAGAACAGUCCUGCUACAGCAGCUUCGGCGUCCCUUGGUGACCGCGCCACUGAGCCCGUGCUCGCUCCAUCGCACCCCACUCCACGCCUGCUGCCACCCUGAAGGUAGAUGCAUCACGCUGGGGAGGCUGUGCAACAGCAGCCCCCUCUUCUCCCUCAAGCCCCCAAAACCUUCUCUACAGCCCUCUCUGCAACUCCGGGUGUCCUCUGCAGCCCCUGGUCCCAAAAGUGGAGGUUCUCCCUCAGGUGACUCCUCCACACCACCUCCAUGUGUCCUCCCACCUGAACUGCACAACUGGUAUUCUUUUGUCAUCUGA